UUAUUAGCCUUGGAAAGAUAAUAAACAAUGCUUCUUUCAGUAAUUAUAUUAAUAUAUAAUAUUCGUAGGGUUUUAUAUGCACUUCCACAUAAUUACAGUUGAAGGAAAUUUUAGUUCGUGAAGUGGUCAUCAGUGUAAUUUUGUAAAAGAAUCUGUAUUAUACAGAAGAUGGCUGGUAACAGCUCUGAAGAUUCCCAAACAUCUAAGAACUAUAAAGAUGAAUCAGAUAUUAAUUGGAAUUCAAUGCUGCAAUAUGCUAAAUUACAACAACAAGAAUAUUAUGAACUUUUGGCAGAAUGGACAAAAUAUACAAAACAUGAAUAUAAAUAUUUAUAUCAGAAUAUUGGUUUUGCACUUUUUGGUCCACCAUCAGAUGCAAAAGAAGCAAAUACCAAAUUAGAUGAAGUAUGUGAAACAGGUGAUAUUAUUGGUCAGUUUCAUUAUAUACCUCAAGCUCAGAAAAUUAUAGAUAAAAUAUAUAAAAAAGUAUGUGAAUAUGGGGAAGGACAAGUGGAAAAGGAAUGUAUUCAUUUUGGGAUAAUUUUUAAUAUAACAUUUCGUACUAAAAGAAACUCUACCAAAGCAUCUAAGUCAGAUAAAAAAAAGGAAGAAAAUACUAAGACAGAAUCUAAAACAAAUUCGAAGGAAGAAAAGGAGGAAAAUUCAAAAAAGGAAAAGGAACAAGAUUCUAGCAAGGAAUCUGAAAUGGAUUUGCAGGCAACACCUAUUUUUAAGAUAAAAAGACUUAUAAGUGGCAAAAAUGAAAAGCCUUUACAUAGCGAAUGGUAUAUCGAUGCAUGGGCUAGAGUAUACCAAAACUGGACAGCUUAUAAAAAUAAUAAUACAUUACCGCAAUGCACUAUGGUUAUUCCAGUGCAUGGAUACUAUCAGCCUGAUCCAAGUUAUGAAAUAACUGAAGAAUACUCAACAGUAUGGUUAGAAGUUUUGGAGUCACCUAAAUGUUCCACUAGAUCCAGUAUCUUAAAUGCUAUGGAUACAACAUCUAAUGUAGUAGGUGUAGUUAGUUUGGGCUUAGGUAUUGCAUCUAUGUUCACGCCUCUUGCGCCAGUAACAUUAGGGGCAGUUGUAACUGCUGGAGUAACUGGUGCAUGGACAGCCGGUCGGUCAGUACAUCAUCUGGUGGACAGAAGCAUUCAUAUGGAAAGUAUUAGUGUAACAGACAGGGAUGCGUUAUGUUCGUGGUUAGCUAUAAGUGGCAGCGUAGUUGGUUUAGCUGCAAGCACAGGAACUAUGCUUCUGACAAAAGCUGCUCAGAACGGUAGUAAUAUAAGUAACAUUGUUAAAUUUGCUUAUAAUACAGUAGUUUUAAGUAAUUUAGGCAUCAAUGGUUGUGGGGUAGCGUUCAGAGCGUAUUGUAUGUAUAUAAAAUAUCAGGAAGAGAAAACAAUUAGAGUCAUAGAUGUGUUGUCUGUGGGAACACACAUUUUGUUCUUUGGUAAUGCAGCUUUAAAUUUCAAAUUCGCGGGAGAACUGAUCGAGACGACUCAAGGUAAAAUCUUAGAUGAUUAUAGAUCUACUUUGCGCUCUAAACGUCUUCGUAAAGCAUUCAACCGCGCAAAACGUACUGCCGCAGCAAACAACCAAGAUAAGAUGUCUGAGAAUGCCGAAGUGAUACGUUAUAUUAAUAAAAAGAUAGAUUUGCAACUAAAUCCUAACGCGCAAAGUAAUUUUACUGCAUCUUACAAUACCGUGUCCUUUGAAGGUGGAAAGAUAACAAUCAAUGGUAUUACAAUGUUAGAUCCUAUGAAAUUCGUUAUGAUACUAAAUGCGUUAGACAGGAAUCCUACCGAACGUAGAGCUUCAUCAAUGCCAGAAGAUAGGGACGCUGAAGAUACGCUUACCAGAUUAAGAAAUUUAUUAAUUCGUUUAUUGACAGAUGUAUUUACAAAAAAUGACAGUAGAGAUGCGACUGUCCCCAAUGUUGAAGAAUUCGACGAAGUUUGUCAAGAUAUGAAGUACAUGAAGGACGCAACAAGUGUCUUUCCUCUAAUAUUUCAAAUAGCUAUUAGGCUAUUAGAACAUGUAUAUGGUGUGAAUUUUAUCGACAAGGCAGUUCAUUUUGUAUGGUGUUACGUGAGAGAGAGUUUGAAACAAGUAUGUUUAAGUAUAUCUUCUUUUAUCAAUGAUGCAAAGAUACAAAAGAAAGUUAGUAAAACUGUAAUAGCUCUUUUUGAACAUAUGGAUGAGGUAGUAGAUGAAUUGUUGCCUGCUUUUACGAAAUACAUGAGAACCAAUUUAAAAGAAAGAUUUAAUUACUAUUAAAUGUUUUUGCACAUAUACAAUACAGAGCUAUUAAAGAGAUUAGUAAAAUUAAAUCUAUCGUACAAUGUACCUAGUAGUAUUCAAUUAAUGAAUAUAAUAUUUAUUUUUUAUAAGUCUUUUAAAGUAUAUUAAUAAGGCAAUCAUUAUUUUAUUCAAUCUGAACUUGAACAACUUUUAUAUUUCGGGACGCACAUUUAAUAAUACUAAUUUAUUUAAAAAAACAUAGGUGUAAUUAAUCUAACGACAUGUACUGUUCAGGUGUUUAUCACAUUUGUGCCUUAGAUUAAUUAUCUGACUACAAUAUGAUAACUUUGUAUACUGCAGAUACGUGAAGAUUAUUAAGAAAAUAAAAGAACGUUGGUAUGCAA